AGAAGUAACUUGAAAUCCAAAGUCAGUAAACAAACAGUGUCAACUUAAUAUAAUGGUCGAGUUGGCCACCCCUCAAGAUCGCCAUCCUUGACUAGAUUUAGCUUCCACUACCAUUUUCAGCAAAAUAUUCUUCAAAACCACCUAUAAAAUAUCCUCUCACUACUUCUCUACUCCUUAACCCCUUUCAAAGUUUUUACUCGUUCUAUAGCAAUGGCUUCCCACUUCUCCUUCACUUUCCUUCUCUUCUUUUGUCUUCUCUUCCCCAUCAUCUUUCCCUCCAUAGCCAAAACUUCUUCUUUUCGACCAAAAGCUCUCCUUCUUCCUGUAAUCAAAGACUCUUCCACAACCCAAUAUCUCACCCAAAUCAACCAAAAAACACCUCUAGUCCCUGUUAAACUUACACUAGAUCUUGGAUCUGAAUUCCUUUGGGUAGAUUGCGAACAGGGUUAUGUCUCAUCUACCUAUAAGCCUGCUCGUUGCCGCUCGGCUCAGUGCAACCUUGCCAAUUCCAAGGCUUGCGGUGAAUGCUUUUCUGGUCCCAAACCAGGCUGCAACAAUAACACUUGCAGUCUUUUUCCAAGCAACACUGUCACUCAUACCAGCACCAUCGGUGAGUUAGCGCAAGACGUCGUCGCAAUCCGAUCCACUGACGGAUCUAAUCCCGGCAGAGUAGUUUCUGUCCCUAAUUUUCUCUUUACUUGUGGGUCAAGCUUCCUCUUGGAAGGCUUGGCUAGUGGUGUCAAAGGUAUUGCUGGUCUUGGUAGGACUAAAAUCGGCCUGCCUUCGCAAUUCGCUGCUGCUUUUAGCCUAAAAAGGAAGUUCGCUAUCUGCUUGAGCUCUUCAACGAGAGCCAAUGGUGUUGUAUUCUUUGGUGAUGGACCUUAUAUGUUCCUUCCUAAUAAAUUUGAUAUCUCCAAGUCUCUUACCUAUACCCCUCUGUUCAUCAACCCGGUUAGCACAGCAGGGACUUCCUUCGAAGGCGAAAAAUCAGCAGAGUACUUCAUUGGGGUGAAGUCGAUCAAGAUCAAUGAAAAAGCUGUACGCUUUAAUACUUCACUGCUUUCCAUUGAUAGCAAUGGCAUUGGAGGAACAAAGAUUAGCACCAUUGAUCCAUAUACGGUCUUGCAUACCUCCAUUUACAAUGCUGUGGUUAAUGCAUUUAUGAAAGCACUGGCAAAGGUUCCGAGAGUACCAGCUGUGGCGCCGUUCGGACUUUGUUUUAGGUCGAGCAACCUCGGUAGUACACGAGUCGGGCCGCCUGUUCCGGCCAUUGAUCUUGUGUUGCAGAACGACAAGGUUUUUUGGAGGAUAUUUGGAGCUAACUCCAUGGUUCAGGUUAAGAAGGAUGUUCUGUGUCUUGGAUUUGUCGAUGGAGGAGUAGAACCAACAACUUCGAUUGUGAUUGGUGCUCAUCAAUUGGAAGACAAUCUUCUUCAGUUUGAUUUAGCUUAUAACAGGCUUGGAUUUAGCUCUUCUUUGCUGUUCACGCAAACUACUUGCUCCAAUUUCAACUUCACAGCCAAUGCUUAAGCACUUCAACUAUUACCAUAUGGAAGCUUUGUUUUAUUUUGAUUUUAGCUGUGUUUUAUUUUGAUUUUUACUGUGUUUUUAAAGUUAAGAUAUGAAACUCUGAUGUUCUUAUUUGAAUAAGACUUGCUUUUAAGUAUUAUUAGCUUUAAGACAAAGCUAUCGGAAUAUUUCCUUAUGCAUAGAUUUGUAAUAUUAAUUUGCUAUUAAUGCAUCAUUGUUUUUUUAA